AUGGUGAUAGACGAGGAGAGUCGAAUCAUUGUUGAGACGGAGACUGUGGACACGCAGACGCAGCCAUUGUUGCCGGUCCAGCCACCUCUUGUUGCUAGUAUAUCGGAGCAGGCGAUGAUGCACCAGGAGCUGUUGCACUCGAGACAGUCUUCGUCACACCAGGUGCUAGAUGGACAGCUUAUAGGGGGGCUGGGCGAAGCUGUGGGGACCGGUGCUGGGGGUGGGCAGCAGAGCAGUGAUAGUCUGGAGGGGAAUGGAAGUGGCAAUGUAAAUGUAAAUGUAAAUGGGUAUGGGGGGGUUGGGAAUCAGGAUCGCAAGUCUUUGUUGUUAGCAGAGGAUCGGCCGUUGCUGAAGGAAUCUAUGUCACAACAGCACUUUGGAAGUACAGUCGUUGGGCAAGGUUCUCAACAGCCACCUGUGAUUGCGCAUAAUCCUUUAUCGCCACAUGCUUCCAUGACCGCCCUGAGGAAUAAGAAGUCGUCGUUAUUAAUCGACUCCUUGCCUGCUGCGGGCGAAACGUUGAUCGAAGAUGAAGCCCGCGAGAAUGAAUCUGGAAGUCAUGGAGGGAUAGGAGGUGGCGGUGGGGGUGGAGGUAGCAGUAUUCAUGUAGGGCUUGCAAGCUCAAAUAUCAACCAUGGAUCUAGUAGUGUGCACACACACCCCGGUAUCACACACACAGAAGGAGGAUCCACAACGAACAACGGCAGUGGAGCCGUUGGCAGCGAUGUGGUGGGUGGUUUAAAUACGGAAGCCUUCUCUACUAGGACUCUUGAUCUUCAGCAGCACAAGCCUUAUCAUCAUAUGGACAAGUCAGUUUCUGGUCGUUUGGACGAAGAGUCCAGAUCCGGCUUAAACUAUGGGCCUGUUGAAAGUCUAAUAGAUCAAGAUUCUGUAAGACAAGGUAAGGAGUCUUCUACUAAGGCAGAUUUCUUUGCAGCUCGGUUGGCAAGUGCUGUUGGUGAAAAUGAGAUAAGUGAUUCUGAAGAGACUUUUGUUUACGAAUCUACUGCCAAUUCUACCAAGAACAGUUAUGAGCCAAUUAGCAGUAAUGUUAUAAUUACUCAACCAUCAUUAACAAAACCGUAUGGAAUACCUGCAAAGUUGAGCACACCAAUGUUAAACAAGAACAAGAAGUUGAUGGAGAGGUUGAAGACGAGUAGACACAGUUCUAUUGCUGUGAUUCCGCCUGCAGCUAGCGACACAAUUGCUUCAAUUCAAGCUAUAAAUCCUGCACAGCAGCAACCGCAACAACAUUUACAGCAGCCACAGCCCCAACUACAGCAAUUGCAACCGCAGCAACCACAAGACCCACCACCAGCACAACAACAGCAGCUGCCACAACUCCAGCAGCAACCGCAGCAGCAACACCAACAGCAACAAGUACUGCAGCAACAACAAUUACAAACACAACAACAAUUGAACUUGCACCACGCACAGUCCUUGCAACAAUCAUCUCAGCAGUCACAAUCUCAGCAGCAACAGUCGCAGCCUCACUAUGUUCAUUCCCAAGCUCUGUCGGACGAUUUGAAGAGUAUCCAUUCUAGUAAACAACGUAGGGCCCAACAACCGCAUGCGGGACAGUCUGAUAUUCUGUCUGUCAAAUCGUAUGUUACAAAUCAACAAAUGCAUUCUCCCGGUAAACGGUUGGGCGUGCUUUCAUUAGGUAAAGUGACACCUGAAGCUCGGCCAUCGCGGAACAUGUCAACUCAUUCCGGAAAAUUACGGCCGUCUUAUAACAGCGGCAAUACUAGCACAUAUAAGCUAAAAAAUAAUCACCUGUAUCCUUUUAGGACAACGGCAUCUCGUAUAUUUGACGCUAAUGGCGCAUCUUUGCGGCGGUACUCGGGCGUUCCAGAUGAUAUAAAUUUGGAGGAUUAUGUGGAACAGGAGAACGGGGAACUAACACCAAACAAGUUUACUUACAGAUCAUCGUCGGAAAUGGAAUCGGAGGAUGACGAGCAUGCACUAGAUGAGGAAGAAGGUCUGAGCUACGUCGAAGAGGACGAAGAUGACGUGCAAUCUAUGUUUUAUUAUCACGGGAAUGCGCACACAAACAGCACGAAUCAUCAAAAUAACAAUUCCAAUGGCAAUAAAAAUAGCGCUGGCAAUGAGCUGAAUAAUAACACCAGUCAUAGUAACGAGAAAAAUCAGAAUAACGGGUCACAUCAAUCGCUACAUCGCAGAUACAGAACACAUUACGGUGCAAUAGAUAAGUAUACGCAAUCAUCUCAAAAAUUGAAUUACAGCCAAACCGAGCCAAACAUGGAUGUACCAGGCGACGACGACUUGGAAGCAUUGUAUUACUUCAGAAACAAUUCUAAUCAUAAUAAUAAUAAUCGCGAUGGCAAUGCUAACGCAGAACCUGGCAACAAAAAUGGGCAUGGAAGCAAGCACUUGGACUUUUUUUUCCAACCGGAUGAGCUCGUUCCUCUAAAGCCCAAGAAAAGAAGAUCCCACACAGUGUAUUCCGGCUACUAUAAUCCACACAAUUUCUACACGAAAAGAUCAAAUUGGAAUAAAUUUAAGAGUUUUGUAUAUUUAACUUUUAUUGUCACUAGUUUGUUGGCUCUGGGUUUCAUAUCUGGGUUUCUACUGGCUACUAAUAAGGAAUUGCACGAUUUCCAAAUCACUCUUAUUGACAAUGUUCUCGUAUCCACUGAUGAACUGGUGUUUGACGUUAGUGUAUCCUCUUUCAAUCCUGGCUUCUUUACAAUUGGAGUACAAGACGUUGAUUUGGACAUUUUUGCGAAGACUGCACACCUAGAUGAUCCGGAUAAUGGAGCUGUCAGUGGUGAUCAAGGAAAAAGCCAUGGUUCCUCAUAUGAGACCAUACUACUAGGAACAGUAUACUCAUUGGAAAGUCCACUACGUUUCCCCGGGGGUUUGUUUAGUAGAAACCACUGCGAAUCAAUGUCGAGCAUCAAACUAUUGCAUCCAGGAGCUACCGAUAACGAAGAUGAAGGCACGUCCCCACUACCAGUCGACCCAACAUAUCCAACAUCCGCAUCCACGUCUCCAUCCACACUCCCAUCGACAACCACAUCCGUCAUGCACCACAAAGAAAACAACAUUAAGCUCCCCCUAGGCUCGAGCGGAAAGAAAACUGAAAACGAUGCUGAAAAAUGGAAAACCUUGAUAAGGUACGAUUUUGAUUUAAUAAUCAGAGGAAGUAUGAAAUACAAUGUCCCGUUUUUCAAAAGUGAAAAAUCAGUAGUCGUCCAAGCUCAAGUAAACGUCGAUCCAAACUGGGCCAAAAAAAAGGUACAAUUAUAA